GAACUACGCGGAGGCGCUGCGCCUCUACCAGCACGCCGUGGAGUACUUCCUGCACGCCAUCAAGUGAGCGACAGCGACAGCGAGGGGGACAACCCGGAGAAGAAGAAGCUCCAGGAACAGCUGAUGGGUGCCAUUGUGAUGGAGAAGCCCAACGUGCGGUGGAACGACGUGGCUGGGCUGGAGGGAGCCAAGGAGGCGCUGAAGGAGGCCGUCAUCCUGCCCAUCAAGUUCCCCCACCUGUUCACAGGCAAGCGCACUCCCUGGCGAGGGAUCCUGCUCUUCGGCCCCCCUGGCACCGGGAAGUCCUACCUGGCCAAAGCCGUGGCCACCGAGGCCAGCAACUCCACCUUCUUCUCCAUCUCCUCCUCCGACUUGAUGUCCAAGUGGCUGGGAGAGAGUGAAAAGCUGGUGAAGAACCUCUUUGAGCUGGCCCGGCAGCACAAGCCCUCCAUCAUCUUCAUCGACGAGGUCGACUCCCUGUGCGGCUCCCGCAAUGAGAACGAGAGCGAGGCCGCCCGCCGGAUCAAGACCGAGUUCCUGGUGCAGAUGCAGGGUGUCGGCAAUAACAACGACGGCACGCUGGUCUUGGGUGCCACGAACAUCCCCUGGGUGCUGGAUGCGGCCAUCCGGCGAAGGUUUGAGAAGCGCAUUUACAUCCCGCUCCCCGAGGAGCCGGCCCGGGCCCAGAUGUUCAAGCUGCACCUGGGCAACACGCCGCACAGCCUGACGGAAGCCAACAUCCACGAGAUGGCCCAGCGGACAGACGGCUACUCCGGCGCCGACAUCAGCAUCAUCGUGCGCGACGCCCUCAUGCAGCCGGUCCGCAAGGUGCAGUCCGCCACCCACUUCAAGAAGGUGCGAGGCCCGUCCCGCACCAACCCCGGCGUGGUGGUGGACGACCUGCUGACGCCAUGUUCGCCCGGGGACCCAGGCGCUCUGGAAAUGACCUGGAUGGAGGUGCCGGGCGACAAGCUCCUGGAGCCCACGGUGUGCAUGUCCGACAUGCUGCGCUCGUUGGCCACCACCCGCCCCACCGUGAACGCGGAAGACCUCCUGAAGGUGAAGAAGUUCACGGAAGACUUCGGCCAGGAGGGCUAGCGCGCACGCACGCACGGAGCGCAGUGCUGGCGGGGCGGCUGCAGGUGCCGGAGGCCCUUGCGUGGCGCAGGACUGGGCCGAGAGGGGACCGUGCCCCGCCGAGCACUCUGCCUCCCUGCGGGCACUCGUGUGGCGGAGCCUCGUGGCUCUGCCAGGGAUGGACAUGACGGGGCUGCGCGGCUGGCCUGAUUUCCCCCGCUCCCUGGUUGCUUUUUUCCUUCCCAUUUCUUCUGCCUGGGUUUAUAUUUAUACAAAUAAAACUGCCUGACAUCUCCACGCUCCCCCAGCCCUCUUCCUGAGGCCCCAUCCGGCUUGUGUGGAAACAGCGCCUCUCGCUCUCGGCCGGCCACCCAGCGGAAUGGCUUGCCAGCCCUUUGCCGCAUUUUGGAACCUGGCGGGAGCUGAGCUCCAAAGGGAAUGGCCUGUCACCCCGCCAAGCAUGCAAGGAAGCUCUUCGGGGAGAAGCGCUCGGGCCCCCCGCACACUUGUGCCUGGGGCGUGUGGGCGGCAGCCCUUCUCCGGAGAACACGCCAAGUCCUGCCUGCCUGGGGGCCUGUGCAUGCGGCGGGGGGCUGGUCAGGCGAGGGGUACGGCUUUGCUUUCACCCCCCCCCCACCGGCCUGCCUGGGCUUUCUCGGAAAGGAGGCUCUGGUGCCCUGCGGCUGUGCUGGUGCCUCGUGAUGUGACGCUUUUGGGGGCGACGCGCAAGUCUUGGAGGCAGCCGACGGGCGGCCUUCUUCCCUCUUCGUUUGCCGCUGCAGCAUGCAGGAAUGCGUGGCCACGCUCCCCCCAGAGCUUGCUGCGGCUGUCCAUGGGAGCCUGGGCGCCUCUCUGCUGCAGAGUCUAGCGGGGCCAGGGAAGGGCUGCCCUUCGGAUUUCGUCAGUGUCACUGGACGUGAAGCGCCGACCUCGGAUCUUGUAACCAGCCCCCUCUCGCUGCCCCUGCCUGUGCUUUGGCCGUGGCGUUGUUCUGCCAAGGAAGGGCUGCGGCCAACUUGGGGCGCUUCCAGCUGUCGGGGGGGGGAUUGACUGCUCACCCAUCUGCCCUUUCUUGUGGUGUAGAUGAUUUUGAGUUGAUGCCUGCGCAGGGACAGGACAGUCUGUGGAAGAAUAAAGUGUGGAAAAGGAGGGUA